ACUUUCCUUCAAUCCGUGAUUACUCUGCGCCGUACAAUCAAGGGUCCCCUUGCUUCGUUCUCGUCAACAACCAUUGCAAAAGCGAAACAUAAAAAGCAGCACCCUCGCACAACGAGCCGCGGUUCACGACAUCGGAUAGACUCCGCCUCCCUCCCAUCUAUUUAUUUCAUUCGAGUUCUUCCAACCAUGUGGUCUCAGACUCUCUCUUGGGCCUCGCUGGGCCUCCUCUGCCUCCGAGCAACGGCAGCAGCCACUGAUGCGCCCGUGGUGCGGGGCAACAACGAUUCCAUUUGGCAAGUUCAGCUUCUGCACAAGGACAACACCACGGUGCAGGGUUAUCUCAAGGCGACUCCUGGGCCCAACCAUGUGGGCGUGACUAUUUAUGCUAAGUUCUGGGGCAUUCCCGAGGAGGGACUCCCUCUGCUAUACCACGUCCACAAGCAGCGUGUCCCCGAAGACGGCAACUGCUACAGCACCAGCGGUCACCUUGACCCCUAUGGCCGCACCGAUCAACCUCCCUGCGACAUCAAGGCGCCUCAGACUUGCGAGGUCGGCGAUCUCAGCGGAAAACAUGGCCCCAUCUGGGCGCCCCCUGGCGAGUCCGUCGCAAUCUCGUACCCCGACUGGUUCCUGUCCAACGUUGAGGGCUCACCCGCAUUCUUCGGAAACUUGUCCGUGGUGGUGCACGCGGCCGACAACACCCGUUUGACAUGUGGAAAUUUCGAAAUGGCCAAUUGAUAGAGCAGAUGUUAGUGUUCGCGAUAUAUGUAUCGGGUGUACGUUCGUGGGCGAUGGCGGAGUGGUGCUGUUCCUGGAUAGUCUUUGAUCGGCUAUUGUUAG